AAAAGACGACGGCGCAGCUCCUGACAGACAGAGGAGAGUUGAGCGGUUAGAGAGGGAGUCACGACCUGCUGGGACACAAAAACACGAAAGGUAAGAGCUAAACAUGCGAUUAAAAAGGCACCGAAUUGACAUACAUGUGAAUAAAAGUGCGUCAUUGACUGUUUCAGUCGGUGGCAGCCUGUUUAUCCGGUAAACAGGGAUGACUUUAACAGGGUAGUGUCGUAUUUUAAUGUCAAAGUAGGUUGCAAUGUGUUUUAACUGCGAGUUAAGCUUAAUUAUCGUUUUAUUUUAGCAAUGUUUGUUGUUUAAUUUGUACCAGCCUUUAUUAUCCUUGUCUGCAGCCUUUCUUAAGUCCUCAAUACCCUUUAAAGCCCUUUAGCAGCUGUUUUAGCCUCAAAACAGGCCACAAAGUCGAUAAAACAACAUAUUUCACCUUUACAGACACAUAUGUUAUCCUUAUAUUACCCUUACUGUAUGUGUGCAGCAGUCUGAGUCAGUCAUACCCAUAAAAUAAUGUGUUUGAGAAGUUAUUUCCUCAUGCCAACACUCAAGUUUUGGUGACUUUGCUUUCACUUAUAUCCCACUUAUGCAACCUUGUUAUACCUGACAGCUUUUAUGAUCUGAUCUGAUAUGACUGAAAUUUGAUCCACAGUCUUGGAAAGUCAAGGAGACUUGUAAGAAAGGGACUGCCAUGACCGGCCUGUUUAGAGGUCAUUCAUUUGGCUUGAGUGAAGCUGCUUCCCCCUCCCACUCCCACUCCACUUUCCUGGUCUUAGUUAAUCUGCAAUCUCUCAACACUUGACGCUUAGAUACAUAAUUGAAAUAUAUUUGUAAUGACUUUUCACUUUGACAGCUCGUACAUGAUCUCUCAUUACCUUACAGUCAGUGAUAGGGGAUUUUAAAGCAAAACAAAAUGUAUACUACUCCCUAAAUACUACUACUACUACAACUACUACUACCAUAGACUGUCUUAGAAUAAUAACCAACAUUAUGACUAAAAAUGUAUGGACAAGAAAGUUUUGAUUCAUAGUUUAACCAAAAAAUCAGCAGAAACAGGAACAGAUUGAAUUAUGUGUCUUAUUUUUGAUGUUACAGCUCAUUUGAGGAGUUUUUAGCAAGUUAUAAAACACGCUGGGACUAAGGCUAUGUUCACACUGCAAGUCAAUUCAGAUUUUUUAACCAUAUGUGACACAUAUCUGAUAUUUUCAUGUAAGUGUGAACAGUGCAAUUCAAAUUUUUUUCAAAUCCGACCCAGGCCUCUUUUGUAUGUGAAUAUAAAUUAGAUAUGUAUCCGAUAUGACUGCAGUGUGGACGCUCAGGUCGCGUUCAUCCGACCUAUACGUCAUCAAUAUGCGACAAACGUCACCAUUGUUGUCACCAUUUGUGCGUUGUGCGCAUGCGGGUCACUUCACGGACGCAUUCCAUUCACAUUAGAUGCCGCAUUUGUUGUUGUAAUGUGAACGACCGCACAAAAAGAUCCGAAUUGUGCAUCAUAACCUGCAGUGUGAAUGUAGUCUAAUUCUGAUGCCUCCUGAUGGCCAAACAAGACCAUUAUCAACAUUACUGAUCAUUCCUGUGGCAUUAAUGUGAAUACCUUAAACUGCUUACAAGACAUUAAAUGCUAAACAGUUGAGUUUGAACUCAUUCCACUGCAAAGAAAAGUGUGAAAUUAAAACAGGAUUUUGGAAUUAUUCACUAUUCAUGCUCCUAACCCUUACCAACAAUUCCAGACUUCAUAAUUAUCCACAUAAACAUAAUCAGUCUUGUCACUAAUGAUCUUGUUUGCUUUUGUACGUCAUAUAAGGUUGUCAAUAUUAAUGUCAGUCUGUUUUGCGAUUAUCCAAAAACUCUUUACUGUAGCUUUAAAUAACAGUAUUCUUGAUUUUGUUGUUAAUCAUGAUCUAAGAACUCUAUUUACGAUUGCUUUGGUCAGUAGUUGUCAUAUUAAGGCCUGAUCAUACAAUAGAAACAUCUAGCUAUCAGGCAGCUGUAUGCGUGUCUCACAUAAACCAUGUGGGCUAAUGAUACAGUGAGGAAGACUUUGCUCUUUGGCUGCUGCCUUUGACAUUUAUUCCAUUUUUCAGACGCUGCUCGUCUCCCACGUUUACACUACACUGCUUCAUUUCAUGUGGUCAAUGAUGACAGGUUAGGCCGCGAAAACGUUCCCCCUGACUUCACCUGACAACAGAUUACUGCACCUGACUGUUUGGGUACAAACAAAGGGACGGAUUUAAAGUGUAUUCAACACAAAAAAGGAGCUUUCUGUUUGACCCUGAAGCCCACAGCGGUGUGUGGCGUGUUGAGGGUGAGACAAUUGUGCUGCAUAUUUAAAGUGCAGAUAUUAAAACGGAGUCUGAAGGUGAUUAAUCAGUAACUAACUAGUCGCAGCGUGCUCGGUUUCCUCUUACUUCAGACAGCUGCAACCUUGAAAUAAAAUACGAGCUGUGUCCUCUGCUUGAAAAAAGGAAAAAGGACUGAGGCUAUGUUGAGUCACAUAUUUCUUCAUGCUGCGCUGAAGGCUUUUCAGGCCAGCUCUGUCAAAAUCUAGAAUCGUUUCCAUAUCUAGAUGUUGUGUUUGAUGAAAAUGUCUCCUUAACUGUUUGCUUAAACUCUGUCUUGCUGCUACCUUGACUAAACUUCCCCUGGAAACAAGAUACUGUAAAAAUAACGGGACUCCCCUGGUUAGAUGAAGCUUGUACUGAUCAAUAAUGAGGAAAUGAUGGUUGUUAUAACUGAAGUGAAAAAGAAAGGGAUAAUUUUCCUUUUCCUCCUCUGCUGCAGCAGUCUGCCUGACCUUCACUUUCACUUUCAGUUUCACUGAGUGAAAAAAUCCCCUUACUCUGAUCUCAGUAGACAGUCGAGUUUUUUAGGUACUUUCACAGCUCAUAUAAAAAAGCAAAUGUGUUGGAGUGUGUACAAAUGCUUACUUAUAAAAUCCAAACAUGGUAAGUUUUGAUUUUCUUCAACGUCUUUCUGUUUCUCUUCUCACAGAUGUCGUACGCUAGAGACAAACUGUACAACGGGUACCUGCGGCGAAAUAUGCCCACCAUUGUGUCCAAGGUGAAAGUGAGGGAAGUAAUACCUCACCUGCCUUGCUUGACGGAUCACGAUCGGGUAGGUUUCAUUUGGUAUAAAGACGUAAAGAUGAGCUGGGGAUUAUUUGAAUAAUUUUGGAAUAAUCCCUUUAUUCCUGAGCUCUGGGGCUCCACAGAUUUGAUCUUUAUCAAGAUACCAGAAUUCAUAUUUCUAUGCCCAAAAGGGAGGCUCAAAAAUGCUCAAACUUGGUUACUAUUUGUCUUAAAGUUAAACAUUAAACUGAACUUAAAACCUCCAUGUUUUUCUGGUAUCUAUCCUUAGUUGACUCUGGUAUACUGAUGUAAGAUUUUUCCCGUUUGAUUUCAGGAAAACAUUGAGGCCAAAAGAGAGACUUAUGGGAACUACGACGGCAUGAUGCUUCUCCUGGAUUGUCUGAAGAGAAGAGAGAGCUGGCCAGAGCAGUUCAUCCAAGCUCUGGAGGCGUGUGAGCACCCGACCAUCGCAGCUGAGAUCAGAGCCGAGUACGAGGCUCUGAGAGGACCCAGCAAUGAGUCAGCAAGUCAGUUACUCAUCACACCAUACUACAUUUCUUUAUUGGGUCAUUUGUCAGAAGUUUUCAUGUAUUUUCUUCUUCUUUCUUGGUGUUAAUAAGGUUGUCAUUGGGGAUUUCCAUAAUGUUAACACUGAUGAGCAUGAUCAGCUUUGGAGCUGCUGCCUGAUAUGGACAGAUCAAGCAGCCGGUCUUAUUUCAGAAUAAAUACAGAUUAAGUUCAGCAGUCUGCUAAGGUGAACAGGAUCACACUGUAACAGCCGGGAAAAAAGAUAAAAAUAAAUAAAGAAAGAAAAGGUCUCAGGGUCAAAUUUUAGAAAUCCUAAAAUUUAGAAAAUAUUGUAAAGAAAUCCUGACGGUUACAGAAGAUUCUUGUCAAAUUUCCUGAAAGAUUUGGAUGAAAACUUCUGAAAAUUUUAAUAGAAAUUCUCAAAACUGUCUGAAAGUCAAUUAUUGAAAACCUUUUAAGAAAACUUUGAAAAAAAAUUUAGUUUCACUAGAAAACUUUUUAAAGUUUCAGACUGGCUGUUGUGAUUAUCAACUGUCUGUUUUGGGUUAUCAGGACUGUUAUUGACGUUUACAGUGCUCAGCAUAAAUGAAUACACCCCUUCAGAGUUGUCAGAAAACCUUAAGUUUCCUGUCAAAAUCAACAUUUUCCAUGUCAGACUUUACAACAAAAUACUCCCCCAAAUGUCAACCAUUGAUUACGAACAAGAUUUUUAAGUUGCACACAAAAAAGUAUUUAUUUCACCUUAAAAUCAGGAUGCAAAAAUGAGUACAACCCAAUCAAAGUUCUGGGAGCAAAGCUGAAUUUUAGUUACCAUGUCAUGCUUUUUUUCGUCUUAUGGAAAACAAGAUGUUAUGUUAAAAUCAGCUUUGUCAAAACUUUGGAAAUUGUACUUUUGCUCAUCUAGAUAUUGAGUAAUACAUUACUUUUCAUAGGGGUGUAUUGACUUAUGCUGGGCACUGUAGCUGAUUGUCUGCAUUGGCCUCUUACCGUACAGAUUCCUCAAAUGUUUUGGCUCCACUCGGAGUGUGUCUUUCAUUACUUUGUCUCACCCUGAGGUCCCGCCCGCAACACUAACACGAUCCGGCUGUCUCAGUGUCACACAAUCAUGUGAUGUAACUGGUUAACCCGGUAACUCCUGUGUAUGAUGCUGAUACAGUUUUGAUCAAACAUUUUCUAAAAGCAUUCAAGCCAAGUUUUGGGUCGGAGUUUAUAAUGAUCUGAAUUUUAAAGUUUGACAGAAAGUUUAACAUUUAUACAGACCAGUGUUUGACUUAAUAUCAGUCAAACUCUAUUCCAGAAAGUCUGUAACUAAAUAAUGAGCAGAUCUUUUCACUUUGUUUCUAUUAAUCUCUCAUAUUUCCAGUUUCUAAUGCUGUCUGGACAAAGGUUACAGUCUGGUCCAUUCCUAACUAAGUCCUGAACUGAGAGUGUCAGAAGUUUAGAGUCAUAUCAGUUCUGUCAGUUCAGUCAUGCGUGGUCAAUUUAUAGGGGAGCAAUUCCUACAGAGCUUUGUGAGCUUAAUUAAACUUUAGAAGUAGAACAUAAUGUCCUCGAUGUCUGACCCUCAGAAAAAAAUCCCACAGCUUUGAACAGGGAGAGAAAGAGAGCGGUCUUUGGGAGGACGGUGGUAGUCUCCAAACUCGAGUUAUUUUCAUUUUUGUCAAUGAGGGAAAAAAGUAGCUUCUCUCACACACUAAACUACAAAUACACUAGAUGUAGCGACUGCUUUCCUUCAACAGAAAGGCUGCAGGGGUUUAGGUCCACUUGCAUCUGUGGCUCGUUCAGUUAUCAGUCCAGUUUGAGUGUUAAAAAAGUAAUUUGUUGCUCAAAAAAAGGAAAGAAAACACGUUGAUACAGGUCUAAAACUUUUGCCUUCGAAUGAAAAGGUGAUAUGAUGAAAAUGAGGUUAGGACAGGAUGAGUGAAACGCUGAAAAAUGAUGAAAAACAGUUGACAAAAAAUUAUCAGCGCUUACCACAACCAUUGUCUGACUAUGGAAGUGACGUACCUCGUAGAAAUCAUACUUUAUCAAAUAUAUUUUAGCUCCGACACUUGAAACAGCACUAAGAGGCAGAUCAUACAGAAUGAAGUUAAGCAGAGAUUUAAUUUUAACAAACUGAAUAAAGAGUAAUGAGUAUUUUGAUUGGAGUAUAAAGCUGUGUUUGACUUUGUCGAGGAUAUCUGUCACUUAAUGAAUUUCUGAAAUGAAAAGCUGCAACUUCAGACUUUAAGCUGAUUCAUCCCCAAAUGCUGCAAAGCUUCACGCUCCGUAUGUGAUUAACAUUCUUGGUUGAAGUAUUUUGCAUCAUCUAACCUUUAUUUUGAAUGAAUGUAUUAACUCUUCUUAAGAAUAUCUGAAUACACUACAUUUUGGCUCCCAGCAUUUUACAUUAGACACAUGCUUUAAAUGUAGCUGCACUAAAGCUUGGACACAAUUGGUUCAAACAAAUCAUUAAAGAAGAGACAAAACUGUCAGACAUCACAUGGGAUUGAAACACACAUCUUACACCUCUGACACAUGUCUGCACUGAUUCCUUGGCUCUGUGGUCUGAAUAGAGAAGCGGAUAAUUAGGUUAAUAUGAAAAUAAUCCCGGUGUAGUUACAAGGUUAGCUUCAUCAGGAUGUGUUUAAUUCACUUUUUAAUGACAACAUUGUUUGCUCUGACCCAGAUUCCAACCCCAGCUCCCCUUCUACGACUGUCGUCCGGGCACACGUCCAUCCAGCGCCAUCUGCCACUCAUCCGCCCGUGCCAGAAAGUGGUGGGAGCAGCCAGACUGCUGUUGCUCCGCCAGCUGAAGCUUCAGCUCCUCCUGAGCCAGCAGCACAACCUUCACCCUCUCUUCAAAUCCCUGUACAGCCAGAGCCCCCCCAGAGCUCCACGGCUCAGGUUCCCGAGGAUGCUCCUCCACCUGAGCCCGUCGCCGAGCCUCCAAAGGCGGCUCAAAUUCAAGUGGCGCCUCCUCCGUCGACGCCUCCUCCUUCUCCUGCAGCCCCACACAAUCAGGAGACUGAAACCCCCCCACCUCACCGCCACCAGGAGCCGGAGGAAAACUCUGAGUCAGACAUCCAGGAUAUCGCCGUGAGCCCCGAACAAGUGAGCACAGAAAACGGAGUGAAAUCCAUCGACUCCACAGAGGCCCCUCAACCGUCCAGUCCUGUGGAGCAGAGUGAGACUGAAACUCCAUCCAGCGAAGAUACUCCAACAACCGUCACCGAGGUCAGGCCACCGCGGAGUCCCUCUCCAGCUGAGAACGACUCCGAUUUGACUGAUGGUGCCUCUGUCACCGUGACGACCCCAGAAAAGGCUCCAGUCCAGGACACCACCCCGCCUACUGCAGCCCUAGAGCCUGAGGAAACAUCUGAACCUCCUACUGAACAGGUGAAUACCCAAACAUGUUUGUUUUUAACGCAUUUUAACCAAUUUCAUACCUUCUCAAAACACAAAAAAAAUGCAGCAGUCAGUUUCAGUAUUUCUUACUUGAUCACAUUACACAUUUAUCAUCAUAUUAUGUUAUAUUUUGACGUACAAGAUGUAAACACAAAGCUAAGACACUGAAUUGACUUGUGUCCUACAUUCAUGUCAUCUGCAGGCUGUUGAAAUCAGUCCAAAGAAAGAAGCUGCAGCCACAGUUUCCCCGCUGCCUCCUUCUCCUCCUCCUCCUGCUGCUGCUGCUGCUGCUGCUGCUGCUGCUGCUGCUGAUGAUGAUGAUGAUGAUGAUGAUGAUGAUAAUGGGACAGACACCCUUCCCCUUGAGGACAGCAGUGUGUGUCUGAGCAAACCUGGCGAGCUCAUCAGUGUCCAUCCACAGAAUCAUGACAGCCCUACCAUCCUUGCACCCAGCUCACAUGAGGAGCCAUAUUCGGGUGAUAGCCGCCGAAUAGAAAUGAGCGAAUCUGCACCAGUCACUGAGACCGCCGUCCACGCUCCUGCUUGCUCUGCUGCGAGCUCCACCCCUGUGAAAUCAGCCUCUGCAGUGCCAUGCCAGGAGAACGGCAUUGAUAACGGCCACAAUGAACCGGAGGAAAACCACUAUGAGUCCCCCUCUCAGAGUCUGGGUACGCAGGAGGUACUUGAGCAUGUCGUUCACGUGUCCGGGGAGCCGUCUAUCCUCGACCUCGCUGUCCAAAACUCAACACCGCAAGCUCAAAUCGUCAACGGAGAAGCCGCCAAAGAGAUGAAAUCUGCCUCGCUAGUACCCAGCGACCCUUCUGAUACUGUGUCCCCCUCGAAAGAGGACUCUAACCCCUCUGAGCCUGCAGCAGAGGAGACUUCCCCACAGCUGCAGACUCUGCAGGAUUCACAGCAGAGGAAGGCCUCUCGCAUACUGUCGGCUGAUCCAAAGUACAUUGUGGCUGCAGUCGGGGUGGGCGCCUGUGCGGCGCUGAUGGCGUGGAAGUAUAAGAAUUAAAAGGAUUGAAUGGCUUUUUAAAGGAAGAGAAGAUUAGGGUUUAAGGGCUUUGGACAGAGGAUCUUAAGGGGUUCUGUGCCUUAUUGUAGUCACAGGCUGGGAUGGCGUUAGGCAGCUGUUUAAUAAUUACCUUUAGUAAUAACAAUAGCUGACUAGCCAGACCUUUGAUCGUGUCAUUAAUUUCUCCUCUUUUGUUCAGUUGGACUGUGUUUUAUCAUUUAACUUCUAUAUAAGUCGACCAUAUUGAGAAGAAACCAAAUCUGUCCUUUUUAUUGUAGUUCUCUGAGCUGAGUUAGGACCUCAGGUUAUUUAUUUAUGCACUUGCUGCAGUUACCCUGUUUGUAAAGGCAGAGCAAAGCUGUGUGUUCAUGAAAGAAAUGUUUGCACUCGUGUGUUGAGCACUUUCAAGAUGAGACUGUGGUGAGGAUCAGCCCAUCAAAGAUCUGAUUCCUGUCACUGGAUGUGGACUGGACUAUCCUUUUGAUGGUGGGAAACUUGGCUUCAAAGGAUGCAGGUGCAGUCACUGUAUUUAUUUGUACAUAUAAACAGAAGCAUAUAUAUCCUAAUAGUAUUUUAAUAAGAAGCUAUGUGUCAAGGAUCAUUCCAAAAGCAUUAAUUAUGUUUCAGAAAUUGUGGACUCAAAUAAUGAGCGAAACAUGGCGCUCGUUAAUGUCCGUUCUCCCCCGUUUGUAUCUGUGACAUAGUCGGGAUGCACCACUCAGACUCUCUCAGACUCUCUCAGUCUGGAUCCUGUUACCUGACUUUGGGAUAUCAGCCAGAACAGAGAAUCCGCUGGAAGAUUAAAGGAUCACUCCUCUUUCUCUAACACAUCAGGCCAAACAAAAACACCGCAGUCUUAAUUGAGAAAAGCAUUAGUACUUGAGGAGUUAAUCUGGAUAUUUGUAAUUGUUCUGUGUGUAGAGGAGUCUUGUCUUGCUCACAGAUGUUGCGACACUAUCCACCUGUGUCUACCUAGCGCUCAGUUGUGGCAGCAGGUGAAAGAAGUCAACCCAGACGGCUCACCUGCUCGUCCUGGGAGACGCCAAGGUGUUCCCAGGCCAGAUGGGAUACAUAAUCCCAUCUCAGUGAGCUCUGGGUCGAUCCGGGCUGUCCUCCCUGUUAGACAUGCCUGGAAAACCUCCAAGGAGAGGUGCCCAGGAGGCAUCCUUGGAAGACGCCCUGAUUACCUUGACUGACUUACGGACGUCGGAGCUCCUCGCCUCAAUCCCCAAAGCUGAGCCCAAAGCUACCUAAAGUUAAUGACCUGGGUGAAGGUUGAAACUGAGGUUGACUGGGAAACUAAAAGCUUCCCUCUUCAGCGAGACAGUCUGGUACUACGUCUGAGUAACAACUGAUUCUCUCUUCAUGCCUAAACACAUUUUAAUACUUCUCAAAUCGCUGUUUACCACAAUUGCUGGACUAAUGCAAUGUGUCCCAGGCCCCUCCUGAUAUCCUGUGUCUGUAAAAAGACAAAGGAGGAUUUGGUUUUUAUGAAUUGUUUUUUUAAAGUCUCUUAGCUGAGCCCUGAUUGCUGACAUUUUUAUGAUUUACAUUCCUUCACAUGAGAAUUCCUGAUACCUUCUAGACGAUUUCUGAACACAGGCCCUGAUAUUUUUAGGAACUUAAAUUUUGCACUUCCGUAAUCUCCAAAAGGAGAUUAGCUGUGUCAGGCGCGUUGUGUCAUCUCUACGCAGCCCGUUUGAUUAAGAUGGGAGGGGUGGCUGAGUAAAAUGUGCUGGAGGAGAAGGAGAAGAAGGAGGAGCAGGAGCAGGAGGAGGAGUUUUCCUGUAAUUGACAACAUCACCACAACAUUCAGACCCACAUUUCCACAACACAAAACAGUGGAGUGCAUUGGAGAUAUCACACACAUGUUGAUGAACAUCUUGAAUUUUUUUAUGAUAUACUAUCCAGCUUGUGAUUGCCUUUAGACCUCACUAUUUCUGUCAGAAUCAGAUGGAGUUUGUUUGGUGCAUCCCUGUCUCAUAAUCAAAACUGCACCACCCCUCAAAAGGAACUGUCCUCUUUUAUUCAUACUUCCAUGUGGUACACAUGAACUGUCAGAUGAUUAUUUGCAGAUUCCACUGAGCUUUUGUGCUUUUUCCUUAUUUCAUCUGUCUCAAUGUUUGAAGAGUAAGUCUAAUAAUGUAGUCAGUGUAAACAUUUCCUAGAAUUGUAAGCAGUGAAAUGAAAAAUAUAAGGAUGACGCUUUUGCUGCUCUCUGCAGGUCCCUCCAGAUAAGCAGCUGUGCUUUCUGGGUAUCAUUCUGUGUAAAUGUUUGAGAUUAAAUUUUAUUUUUCCAUGGUAUUUUUCUCCUUUUAGAUAGAAACAAGUUUGACUGUGUCAUAUUCUGAGAUGAGAUUAUAGUGUAAAUAACAAUGUGUUGAAAUAUUUUUGCUGUAAAAGGAGUUGACAGAUUUUGUUUUGCACAUUUUAAAAACAUAUUUGAUCUGCAAAUAUGUUGAGUUGAUCAAACAGUAGAACUCAUGUAAAUUGUAAAAUCUGUAUGACUUUUAGCCAAGUUCGAUGCACUUGUCUCUAGCUAUGCACUCGACAAUCACAUCAAUAAACCCGGGCGAGAAAUAACAAUCCA